GGGUUUGGCCCCCAGGAGGGAACUGGCCCAGAACCAUGGUGGUUUCUGGGUAGCUGAGCCCCUGGCUCUGCCCCUGUAUCCCAGGCUGCACCAGUUCACACUCUAACCACCCCCCUUGCCUCUCUCUGUUUCUCUUUCUCACCCGCUCUCUCCUACUCUCUCCUUCCUGUGUCGCCUUCCUCUUCUCCCCUCUGCCUUUUCUUCCUCUAAUCCCUGGGUCUCCCUCCACCUCCCUGUCCUCUCCCAUCUCUUCCAGUCCCUGCCCCUCUCCAGAGUCCCUGGAGUUCUCUGUCCCUUUCCUAAAGAUUUGGGAGUCAGGAUGACCCAGCUGAGCCUGUCCUGGCUGGGCCCGGUGCCAUUAGCAGCCUCCUUGUGGCAGCUCCCCCUGCUGGCCGGAGCCUGCUGGCUGCUGGUCCGAGUUCUGGCCCGAAUCAUCGCCUUCUAUGGCUACUGCUGUCGCCUCCGGUGUUUCCCACAGCCUCCCAGACGCAGCUGGUUUUGGGGUCACCUGGGUUUGGCAAAGAGCGACGAGGAAGGCAUGAAGUUGAUCUCGGACCUGGGCCGUGACUUCCUCGAUGUCCACCUCUGGUGGAUGGGGCCCGUCUACCCAGUCCUGAGGCUCAUCCACCCUAAGUUCGUUGCUCCCCUGCUUCAGGCCCCAGCUGUUGCGCCCAAGGAAAAGACUUUGUAUGGCUUCUUAAGACCUUGGCUGGGAGAUGGACUCUUGGUGAGUGCUGGUGACAAGUGGAGUCUCCACCGCCGUCUGCUGACACCCGCCUUCCACUUUGACAUCCUGAAGCCCUAUGUGAAGACUUUUAACAAGAGCGUGAACAUCAUGCAUGCCAAGUGGCAGCGCGUGGCCUCAUGGGGCAGCACCCGUCUGGACAUGUUUGAGCACAUCAGCCUGAUGACCUUGGACAGUCUGCAGAAAUGUGUGUUCAGCUUUGACAGCAACUGUCAGGAGCAUCCCAGUGAAUAUAUUGCUGCCAUCUUGGAGCUCAGCUCCCUCAUAAUCAAAAGGCACCAGCAGCUCUUUCAAUACAUAGACUUCCUGUAUCACUUCACUCCCGAUGGGCGACGCUUCCGCAGGGCCUGCGACCUGGUGCACAACUUCACAGAUGCUGUCAUCCAGGAGCGGCGCUGCACCCUGGCCAGCCAGGGUGUUGAUGAUUUUCUCAAGGCCAAGGCUAAGUUGAAGACUUUGGACUUCAUUGAUGUGCUCCUGCUGGCCAAGGAUGAAAAUGGGAAAGAACUGUCAGAUUCAGACAUACGAGCAGAGGCUGACACCUUCAUGUUUGCAGGCCAUGACACCACGGCCAGUGGUCUCUCCUGGGCCCUGUACAACCUGGCCCGGCACCCAGAAUACCAGGAGCGCUGCCGGCAGGAGGUGCAGGAGCUUCUGAGGGCCCGUGAGCCUGAAGAAAUUGAAUGGGAGGACCUGGCCCAGUUGCCUUUCCUGACCAUGUGCAUCAAGGAGAGUCUGCGCUUGCACCCCCCAGUCGUAAUCAUCUCCCGCUGCUGCGCUCAGGAUGUUGCGCUCCCGGAUGGCCGGGUCAUUCCCAAAGGAACCACCUGCGGUAUCAGUAUCUUUGGGAUUCAUCACAACCCUUCAGUCUGGCCGGACCCUGAGGUCUAUGAUCCCUUCCGCUUUGACCCAGAAAACCCCCAGAAGAGGUCACCUCUGGCUUUUAUUCCCUUCUCGGCGGGGUCCAGGAACUGCAUCGGGCAGACCUUCGCCAUGGCCGAGAUGAAGGUGGCGCUGGCGCUGACUCUGCUGCGCUUCCGCGUCCUGCCCGACUACACGGAGCCGCGCCGGAAGCCGGAGCUGAUCCUGCGCGCAGAGGGCGGGCUCUGGCUGCGGGUGGAGCCGCUGAGCUGAGUGGGGGCGAGCAGGGAGCUCUGCGGCCUGGCCUGGGACCCGGCUGACCCCACCCAGCGUCCUUUGCCGACUCAGGGAUAAACUGUGCAGUUACCUGUGUCUGAGUCUCAGCGAGCGCCAGCAGGGGGAGCUGGGGACCCAUGCGUGGGCGUGAGUGGGAGGAGGGGGGGGGGCUGGGUUUUCUGAGCCCAAGACCCUGACUGCUUCUGGCUGAGCGCAGGGAUCCCAUGGUGACGGUGGGAGCCAUGGGAAGUGUGUGAGUAGAAGAGGAACCAGAAUUAGGGCAAGGCUGAGGCUCAGAGUCAGGAAGUGGAAGCCUUUGUUGCAGUCUCCACCACACUGACUUCCCUGCUGAUCUUGUCUGUUCUUCCCUUUAAAAGACUUCACUGUUA